GUGACGUCGAGUGGAGUGGCGCACGCAUAUAAAUUUAUUGAGCGUGAUCCCCGCCAUUUUAUUAUUUCAAGAAAAGAAACCGUCAAUCGCGCACGUUUGCUAAGCUGUUCAUCUACUAGUUAAAACUACGACUGAAGUAUUAGUUAAAUUUAUACAAAAUGGCCAAGGCACCAGCGGUAGGAAUCGAUUUGGGCACCACGUACUCUUGCGUGGGUGUGUUCCAGCAUGGAAAGGUGGAAAUCAUCGCCAACGACCAGGGCAACAGGACUACGCCCUCGUACGUGGCCUUCACCGACACCGAGCGUCUCAUCGGAGAUGCCGCCAAGAACCAGGUGGCGAUGAACCCCAACAACACUAUUUUCGAUGCCAAACGACUCAUCGGCCGCAAGUUCGAAGAUGCCACAGUACAGUCCGACAUGAAGCACUGGCCUUUCGAUGUUGUCAGUGAUGGUGGCAAGCCAAAGAUUCAAGUCAGCUACAAGGGUGAAAAUAAGACCUUCUUCCCCGAGGAGGUGAGCUCGAUGGUGCUCACCAAGAUGAAGGAAACAGCCGAGGCAUACCUUGGCAAAACCGUGCAGAAUGCAGUAAUCACAGUUCCGGCGUACUUCAACGACUCACAAAGACAGGCCACAAAAGAUGCGGGUACCAUCUCUGGCCUGAAUGUACUCCGAAUUAUCAACGAACCGACUGCUGCUGCGAUUGCGUACGGAUUAGACAAGAAGGGCGGUGGCGAACGCAACGUCCUUAUUUUCGACCUGGGCGGCGGCACCUUCGACGUGUCCAUCCUGACCAUCGAGGAUGGUAUCUUCGAAGUGAAGUCCACCGCAGGAGACACUCACUUGGGUGGAGAGGACUUCGACAACCGUAUGGUCACCCACUUCGUCCAGGAGUUCAAGAGGAAGUACAAGAAGGACCUCACCACCAACAAGAGGGCGCUCCGUCGUCUGCGCACCGCCUGCGAGCGCGCGAAGCGAACCCUCUCUUCCUCCACCCAAGCUAGCAUCGAAAUCGACUCUCUCUUCGAGGGUAUCGAUUUCUACACCUCUAUCACCCGCGCUCGCUUCGAGGAGCUGAACGCGGACCUGUUCCGUUCCACCAUGGAGCCCGUAGAGAAGUCUCUGCGCGACGCCAAGAUGGACAAGGCCCAGAUCCACGACAUCGUCCUGGUCGGAGGCUCCACCCGUAUCCCCAAGGUCCAGAAGCUGCUUCAGGACUUCUUCAACGGCAAGGAGCUCAACAAGUCCAUCAACCCCGACGAGGCCGUCGCUUACGGCGCCGCCGUGCAGGCCGCCAUCCUCCACGGAGACAAGUCCGAGGAGGUGCAGGACCUGCUGCUGCUCGACGUCACCCCGCUGUCGCUCGGUAUCGAGACCGCCGGCGGCGUCAUGACCACGCUCAUCAAGCGCAACACCACCAUCCCCACCAAGCAGACCCAGACCUUCACCACCUACUCUGAUAACCAGCCCGGUGUAUUGAUCCAAGUGUUCGAGGGCGAGCGCGCCAUGACCAAGGACAAUAACCUGCUCGGCAAGUUCGAGCUCACCGGCAUCCCGCCCGCGCCGCGUGGCGUGCCCCAGAUCGAGGUCACCUUCGACAUCGACGCCAACGGCAUCCUCAACGUGUCCGCCGUCGAGAAGUCCACCAACAAGGAGAACAAGAUCACCAUCACCAACGACAAGGGCCGCCUGUCCAAGGAGGAGAUCGAGCGCAUGGUGAACGAGGCCGAGCGCUACCGCAGCGAGGACGACAAGCAGAAGGAGACCAUCCAGGCCAAGAACGCGCUCGAGUCAUACUGCUUCAACAUGAAGUCCACCAUGGAGGACGAGAAGCUCAAGGAGAAGCUCGCCGACUCGGACAAGCAGACCAUCCUCGACAAGUGCAACGACACCAUCAAGUGGCUGGACUCGAACCAGCUCGCCGACAAGGAGGAGUACGAGCACAAGCAGAAGGAGCUCGAGGGAGUGUGCAACCCCAUCAUCACCAAGCUGUACCAGGGCGCCGGCGGCGCGCCCGGGGGCAUGCCCGGCGGCAUGCCCGGCUUCCCCGGCGGAGCCCCCGGAGCCGGUGGAGCCGCCCCUGGAGGCGCCGGCCCCACCAUCGAGGAGGUCGACUAAACAUUCCAUACGCAAUCACCAUCCGUUGCUAAUUGAAGUCGAUUAAAAAAUUGAAACAUA